AAAUAAUUAAAAAACAAUUGGAGUCGGCAAGGAGUGCAGGAUCCCGACAGCAUGCUGCAAGCGAUGCGACGAAGCUCACGCGUCCAAGCCCGGGUCGAGGCCGCUGCCGACGCGCCGCCGAGCCGAGAGGCGUCGCCAAGCCCCGAGCGCAAGCCGCCCAGCCGCGCCAAGGCGGCGCCGCAGCACCCACGGAAAGCGGCCUUGAAGAAGCCCAAGCAGGGCGCGGACGAUGGCAGCGAAGACUCGGACGUGGACAUUCUGCGCCAGCUCAAGGACACGCGACCCAUCAAGAAGCGCGUGAACAAGCGCAAGGAAACGGCGAGUGGUAUUCCGCUCCUCGACAGCCUCGACGCGCUCCUCGCGGCCGACAGCGCCGAAGUCGAGAAGAAGAAGGAACACACGCGCAAGCUGCAAAAGAUCAUGCAAGAGACGGCCGAGAUCCAGGAGCAAGACCACGUCAUGGACAGCGAGAUCGCGGCCAACCUCAAGGACCUCCAGGCCGACGAACACCUCUUCUCGAUCGAAAAGCAGGCCGAGACCGAGCAAUUUGGCUACGUCUUUGAGCCUAUGACCGAGCCGAUUCCGCUGCCCCGUUUCGAGAGCGUCAAGACGGACGACGCGGACCUGGCUCUUCUCUACGACGCGAUCGCCCUGGCCACAGACAACCUCGAAGAGCUCGGGUCGCUCCUUCACUCCAAAAUCAUCUUGAUCUAUUUGCAUGAGAAAUGCGGGCUCGUCGAAGCCCCUGCGCCGAUUACCGCCUACCUCUUUGCCCUUGUCGGCGCCCACCCGAAUGACCACAUUGUCCGCGGCGCCUUUCUCAACCUGUUCCUCCUUCUGACAUCCAACAAGAGCGACAUCGUCCAGUUUACGAACGGCCUCCCGUCGGCGCUUCUCGCCCAGCACGUCCCGCUGCCGAUCAGUAUGGCCGCCAAGAGCUUGGAGCUCGACCAUUUUCUCGCAACCUUCAAGCUCUACGGCUUCCAGGAGACGAAGCGCGGGCUCAACAGCGUCCAGCGUGCGUCGACGCGUGAGACGACAACAGUCAAUGACGCGCUGCCGUUCCCGUCGCUCAACAUGGAGUACACGGUCAUGGUCUUCAUCCUCGCGCUCCGCACCGAGAGCAUGAAGCUGCCCGACUUUGACACGUUUUGCGCGGUUGUAUUCUUUCUCCGGCUGCAGUUUGAGACGACGAUCCGCCCGCAGCUGCUCGAGCUCACGUCGUAUGCGCUGGAAGCGCUCUUAGACCAGUUUACCCCGCGCGAGUGGCGACGCGACUAUGCGCGCAAGCUCAUCAUGAAGAUUGCGAGCGGCAGCGAAGGCUACUUCAAGUCGGCGGCGGGCUGGCUCACGAUCGCCCGGCGGCUGCCGCGCACGGACCGUGGCACGCAGCUCACGACCGGCCUUGCGGUCUACGUGCUGCAGCACCGCAUCGACCAAAACGGCGCCGCCAACGAGGAACCGCUCGAGUUUCCUGUCGGCUACCACAUUGUGAUCGACAUUGUCGCAGCGCUCGUCGACUCGCUCACGCACACGUAUGCGCAAAACAACGUGCACGUGACCGCGCCGCCCUACGAGAUGAUUUGCAUGAAGAUCGGGCUCAUGGACCUCGCGCUCCAAGCCUAUCUGAAUGACGCCAAGACCCAAGACAUUUCGCUGCUCUUGGGCAAACUCGACUUGCUCGCGGACGCCAACAAGGCGAUGCAGUGCGAAGAAUGGCACCAGCUCAAGACACUUGUGAGCUUGAUGCACCGCAAGUAUGCGCCCGAGCACCUUCGCGUUGGCCGCUCCGAGCCACCAAAGGCCAAGAAGCCCCUCGUCUUUGACGAAUAGCUGUUGAUAUCGCAUGAACCACAUCUAGUUAUUGUGCGUUGGAAAUCUGGAUCUGGA